ACUCCCCCCGCUGCGCCCUGCCAGAGCCCUGAGCCUUGCAAGGGCGUCGCUGUGCUCCUUUUCCCGGAGAUCCUCGCAUCCCGAUGUGGCCGCCCAGGAGAUGCCCGCCCGGCCUCCUCGCCGCCCUCGCCUCGCCCCGGAGGGGACUCGCCGCCCUCGCCGCCCAGCGCAGGGGGCUGCUCUUCCGACAGCUCUUUGAAUCAGAAAGCUUCACCUAUACCUACUUGCUGGCAGAUGCGACAACCAAGGAGGCAGUUCUGAUAGACCCAGUUCUGGAGACGGCCAAGAGAGAUUCAACCCUGGUGAAGCAACUAGGACUUAAUUUGCUCUAUGCGGUCAACACCCAUUGCCAUGCCGAUCACAUCACAGGCACAGGACUCCUGAAGAAUCUGCUGCCAGGCUGCCGAAGUGUCAUCGCCAAAGCCAGUGGUGCUUCUGCUGAUAUCCUCAUCCAGGAAGGGCAUCUCCUGAAGUUUGGGACAUUUGCCUUGGAGGCCCGUGCCACCCCUGGGCACACAGACGGCUGCUUGACCUAUGUACUGAAUGACAAAGGGAUGGCCUUCACUGGGGAUGCUUUGCUGAUCCGAGGCUGUGGACGGACAGACUUCCAGCAAGGUUGCCCAAAUACCCUCUACCGGUCGGUCCAUGAGAAAAUCUUCACGCUGCCUGGAGACUGCCUGAUCUACCCUGCCCAUGACUAUACAGGCCAAACUGUUUCCACAGUGGAAGAAGAGAGAACCCUGAAUCCUCGCUUGACCUUAUCCCGGGAAGCCUUUGUGGAACUGAUGAACAAUCUGAAUCUGCCCAAACCCAAACAGAUCGAUUUUGCAGUACCUGCUAACCUCAAGUGUGGAAUCCAAGAUGUACCUGCCUAGCCACACACUUUCUCCUCUGGACCAUGUCUCCUUCAGCUUAAUUACAGGGCAUUGGAAGGACCUCCCGCCUUGGCAAUGUGAUUUGUCCAUGGGAUACAUACAACCUCGAGACCACUGUAUGGUAAUUGAAGAAGGAAGAUGAAAGGCGAGACACGAAACGACAGUCAAAUGCAUCAGCUGUCUUCCAUUCUGGAUCUCCACCACCUGUACCUAUAUGAAGGAAGAACAUCAUCCUUAACUCUUUGGGCUGCUUUCUAGCAACUAUUUCCAUUGGCAGACAUUGCCAGCCCAGCCUUGUGGUCCAUUAUGUUUCUUUCAAGGCUCCAUUGCACUAUGGUUUUCCUUUUGACCCUUGAGAUUUCAUAACUGAAUUAAAAAGCAGAGAACCUUAUCCAGUGAAUGUCUGGAACUCAGGGUAGCCAGCAUUUUGUAUGUGAAUGUUCUUUUUUAAAAAAAUGAAAUAAACAUUGUUUCUUGUUAUGUA